GGACAAGCAGAAACAAAUGGGCUGUAAGGACAACAUGCUGGUGCAAGAUGUCUCCACACGCUGGAACAGCACUUAUGCCAUGUUGUCCAGGCUACACGAACAGAGAUGGCCAGUGACUGCCACACUCUCCGACCCAGCAGUGACCCAGAGAGGGAAACACUACCUGGACCUGAAACCUGAACAGUGGAAUCUGAUUGAGGAGCUGAACCAGGUCCUUGAGCCCUUUGAAUCAGCCACAGUGUUUCUGAGUGGACAACACUAUGUCACACUCUCUGCACUUCCACAUCUUGUGCACAAACUUAAAAAGAACAUACAGAGUCCAGAACUUGAGACUGCACCUGUGAGUUCAUUCCAGACUCAUGCAACAGAACAGGUCACAGAAAGAUGGCAAGGACUACUUGAGUUUACUCCUGAAUCUCCAAACAUCACCCUACUUGCUGCUGCUCUGGAUCCCAGGUUUCGAAAACUGAGGUUCUUGGCUGCUGAGGAAGUAGUCAAAGUCCAAAGCGCAGUACGAGCCAUGGCACUUGCAGCCAAACAGCAAGUGAGGCAGCCCACUGCAAGUAAACAUGGAGCAGACAGCACAGCACAGGACUCCCCACCAGCAGCACAUGCCAAGACGACUACAUCAUUCCUUGACUCAGACUCCACCACCAGUGACGAAGAACAAGAUGAGGAGCAGCAGUUACUCCAAGCUGUACAUCAGGAGGUCUACAUGUAUUUUGGAGAACAUCCCCUUUCCAAGAAGGAGAAUCCACUGACUUGGUGGGAAAAGAACGCAGCACGGUAUCCAACAUUGGCAGAGCUGGCAAGGUCCCUGCUGUGUAUUCCAGCCACAUCAACGCCAUCAGAGCGUCUGUUUUCAGCUGCAGGUAACAUUGUAUCAAAGAAGAGGGCAAGCCUCAGCCCUGAGCAUGUUGAUAUGCUUACCUUCCUUCACUGCAAUAAAGUGCUCCUUUAAAGGUUUGCACACACAUGCCAUGAGAGAGACAGAUAACAAGGUGUGGCCCUUGCCUUGAUUCUUCUGCAUAUUGCACUCACAACAGAAAUGUGUGGAACUAUUGAUGCAUGGACUCGUUCUAGUUCAAAUGUUUUUGCCUCCUAUAUGCCACAAAGAAUUCCAAAGGAGAAGACUGUUAUGCCUGUAAAUUCUGUUACUUGUAGCCAAAGUAUUUUUUUUCUAUUUUUAUUAAUGCGAAAUGUUUUUGGUACUUAGAAGAAUACACUAAGUUGAAAGUUAUUUUAUUUUACAGUUGUGUUUUAUUUAUUUAUUAUAUU